CUUCAGAAGCUGCAGUUCCUCCCUGCCGCCUCCUGAGCGUCAUCGCUGAACUCCCGUCUUACAAUCUGCACUUACUUGAGACAUCCUCGUAUGCUGUACAUUCUGCCCACGUGACGGACCGCUCGGCAAGACCGCUCUCCAAGACGACCAGACCAAGCGAGGCAGCUCGCUCGCCGACGUUCGGUACCUCCUAUUCAUCAUGUCUCGCGGAGGAGAGCCGCCUUCAACCAGUACCGUGCUAGGCCGUUUGAUUGGGGAAAACGCCAGGGAGCGCAGAGCAAGGUACAAGGCUCUCAAAGAAAGUGGUAGGAGCCUCGAAGAUGUCGCAGUCUGGCCUUCCACCGAGAGUGCGGCAUCGGCGGAACCUGUCGCCUCUACAUCCAAGCUCGAAGCUGGAGGCGAAGUAGCUCAUGCAGAGAGGACAGCCCACUUGCUCUUACGAGUCCUUGGCCUCUGCUUUGUUGUUCCCUUGAUGAGAAUAGACGAUGCGGGGAUACCAGGAAACACCGAGAGGCAUGGCAUCACAGUCCUUCAGGCACUCGAGACGCUCGAGUCGAUGAUCCAAGAACAGCCUGGUACUCUCGAAGACGUCUUUCAGAGCAAGCCUGGAGGCAACACAGGAGGAUAUGACAUGUACUCCUCCACCACCCUCGACUUGUGGUUCUGUCCCAGAAUGCUCGUGGCGGCUGCUGUCCUCUCUUUGAGGGCUAGUGGCGUUCUCCGAGCUACCUCAACAAAAGGCGCCGAUGAACCAGGUGUCACUGUUGCAGCCGCUGAAGCGGACCACCUUCGUAGACUGCUACUCGAUCGAAUCAAGAGUAUGCUACGCUGCGCUUUGUUGAAAGCACAACAUCUCGAAACUGUCAGAGCUAUCCUUUGGGAAUUCCUUGUGGCAUGCCACCAAGCCCUAGUACAAGUGGACGACCCUCUCUCACAGGCUCUUCCAUUCCGGACAGACUUCUCGAAGCGUUCGGCAAGUCUGAGUCGAUCCACAACAACGGAAGACAGCGCCUCCCUCAGCUUCACAUCUUUCUUCACCUCGAGGCAUCCCCACAAUACACAUCUCACUCCUCCCAAACCCGGUCAACGGCCUCCGGGGGAAGGCAUCGCUCGCUUAUGGAUGCCUGAAGACCAGACCAGCUUCGAGCUCAAUCUCCCAGUCAAGGAUCUGACUGCUCAGGUCCAGCAUUGCCUCUCUCGCACGCUCUUGUUCUGCUCAGUAGAUGUCAUUAUCUCUCUUGCUGCAGAGUUCCCGGCUUACCUAGAUGACAUCGGCCAAGCAGCUUCAAAGUCGCUGUUCAUCAAUUGGCAGCACGACCUCAAUUUCCGCCGCUCUGAUCUCAAGGCUAGGAUCUUGCCUCCGAAGAUCGUAGGUCAGAGGUACGAGAUCGUGCAGCAUCGCCUCCAGAAUGGCGGCGAGAGCAGCACAUUCUCCGAGCGAGAAUUCUUUGGCUUGCUCGCAGCUCAGACUGCGCGGCAUUUUGCAGAGGGUACAGAGACUUGGGGUACGUCAAAUCAGCGCACAGAGCUUUCCAUCAGGCUCAGAGACAUUUGGCGUAUGAUGCGUACAUCAAGGAAAAGGCUGCCAGUUGCUGCCUGGAAUUCAUUACGGCGUCUGGCAGGGACAUUCCUGUCCAAUCUUGCAGAACCAUUGCCAGAUAUCUCAGAAGCAUUCGAUGAAGAAGACAUGAACGACGGUCAAACUGGGUCUGCGAUGGGCGAGACAAAGGAUAAUCCAUCCGAAGAGCUCGCUCGGAAGUUAUGCGCCUACGAGGGCCUGCUAAGCAUCAUCCAGCUGUCGGCUCUACCGAAUCCGUUGACGUCCCUUCAGGAGAAAGAAGCCACUCAGCUCCUCUGCGGGGAGGACUUUGACGGUACUGCGAUUACUGAAGAAGACGAAGAGGAGCAGGCGGCAUCCACCCACCCUUGGCUGCCGCUUGAGGAAGCAAGGGAAGCGCGUAGAGUCAUCGGUCACCUCGUUCGCAGCCGUGCAGCAAGCCAGAACGGGAAGGAGAGGAGGACAAAGAGACCAUGGGCGGAGGAUGACUCGACCUCUCCCAAAGCUGUGAGUCUUGCACAGCUGCUCAAAGCCGGAGGACUGAGAGAAGACGUGCAUGUAUCAGCGCCAGAAGAGGACGUCGUACAUGCCUCGGGUCUCGACGAGGUUCUCCGUAAUGAGCUCUUCAUUUGCGCUCAGGCGGACUGUGUCAGCGAAAGACAAGCCUCUGUCGCGCAACGGCAGCGACUGUCACUGCUUCGAUGCAGUCUCUGUGACAACGGAGACUACCCAGGACCUUCCGCUGCAGAGCAAGAAGUGGAAAUUGUAAGAGCAGACCAUGUCCGCUUGGUGUCUACUCUUUACGGAGAUCAGAACAUCAAGGAGACAUUAUUUGUCGGCGCUCUGAACACGAUAGCAAGACAGACGGCUCACUAUCCCGUUGAACGAUUUCUGGAGAUCAUAGAUGCAGGCUCACUAGAAGCACUCGUCAGACAGGGCCUGACACAUGCGCAUCGAGAGAUUCGCUUGGCCGCUGGCCGAUUGGCAUUCGCGAUAGCAGCGAAGCACAUUAGCACCAACGGCGACGGAGAUCUGGCGAGCUUACGAAGGCGUCUGGCGCCAUUGCAUGACAUUCACGAAAGUCUCCUUGCCGUCAGCACGCCCAAGGUCAAAGAAACGCUCAUCAUCAGUCUGGGCAACCUAGGACGCAUCAACAAGGAAGAGAUCCUUGAGAACGUCUUGUUGCAACUCGUGCUUCAGCUCAACAGCACCGUAUUACUGCAGUCUUGUGCCUACCUGCAGAUCACUCAAUUGGCCGCGCAUCACCGAUGUAGUACCUAUGCCCUUCUCUCACCGUAUUUUGCUGUCAUCAGUCCGCCGAUUGUGGAGAGGAUGACGUCGGCUCCAAGUCUGUUCCUGGAAGUGCUGAAGUUGACGAAUCAGAAUCAGGCAAAGUUCCUGCAGGUGACGCUCGACUGGACGCUCCCUCGAGUCAUUGCCGCCCGCAACACCAAGGCACUCGACCUCAUGGUCAGCGCUCUGGGCACGACGAUCCCAAAACUCUGUCUAGAGCAGGCGCCUGCUAUUCUGAAGCAGUAUCUUCUCCUACAGCCACAGAAGCGUGAUAAGAAUAUACAGCUGUAUCUGGACACUAUUCGGAGAGCAUCGGAUCAAGAGGUGCCUCUCAAAGGUCUGUAUCGGAGCUACAUCGGUGAGAUCCUCGGCCACCUUGUUGCGUGCUUGGGUGACGAGGAUCGACGACCCCUUGCUCUGGAUGGGCUGCGCCACAUACAGCAUACUCUGACUGUUGAGCGCAAUGAGAAGAGCAAAGCAAAGGCGGCCAUGUCAGGAGGUGGUGACCUUUCGGCCUUUCUACGAGAAGAGAUUCUGGGCAUUCUAGCUUGGCUCAACGACGACUUGAUGAGCGUCAAUGGCAAGCGCUCGCCGACCUACAAGGCCAUGGUUGCUAGGUCCAUUGGAGUCUUCAUCGAGGUGGUGGGAUCGUCUAUCAGCAUGGUAGCACCACAGAUCAUGGCGACUUUGAGCAGCACUUUGCAGGUUCCCGAACUAAGGACGGCGACUCUUCAAAGUUGGCAGACGUUCAUGACUACGCUGCGGUUUGACGAUGUCGGUCCAUUCAUUGGACAGACCACCGCUGCUCUGCUGUCCGAAUGGUCACACUUCAGCAAUGUAGAGCGCAAGGUGGCCGGCAAGAUCCUCAAUUACCUCGUCGUGGAAAACGCUCAGGAGAUGAGAAAGUUCAGUGCCGAGAUCCCAGACAUGGAAGAUCUCGCCACAGAGCUGCCCGAUGUAUGUCGCAAGCUACGAUCUUCGAGACAGGACUGGUCGGCCGAGCAGCAGCUCCAGCAAAUCUUGGAGCGCGUUGCAGACGAGAAUGCCAGCAUCAAUUUGAGAUCGCUGCAUGAACUCAAAGGCUUCUUGCAAAAUCAUCGUCGAUACAUUCAAACUCAAGCGUCAGGCACAGCUUUCGCUCCCAUUGUUGGCACUAUCAUCACUGCUCUUCUGGGAACGCUGCGUCGAUCGGACGACACGCAGCUUGAAAUGAGGGACCUUUGUCUGGAGUGUCUGGGCAUGCUCGGAGCCGUUGACCCGGAUCGUCUGGAGCUGCCAGCUGAGGACAGCCCUCAUAAGCUCCUGCAGAACUUCGAAGAUCGAGACGAGACCAUCGACUUUGCAGUCCACCUCAUUCGAGACAUCCUGGUCAGCGCCUUCCGGGCUACUUCUGACACCAAGCACCAAUCUGCGCUCGCCUACGCCAUACAGGAACUUCUGCGUUUCUGCGGCUUCACGUCGGCUCUCCUUCGACCCAAUGGAAGAAUCUCCUCCCUGAAGGUGAAGCAAAGGUGGAAUGACCUGCCUCCUGCAAUCAUCGACACGGUUGCUCCUUUGCUCGACUCAAAGUAUUCCAUCACGCACGGUCCUGCCACUAGCCACGACAAGCCCUUUUACCAGCAUUCCAAUUCGUACCGAGAAUGGAUCGAGAUCUGGGCAAAUCACCUCAUGCAAGGUGCCAAAGGUCAAGAUGCCGAAACGGUGUUUGGCAUCUUCCGAGUACUCAUACGGCAUCACGACCUCGAUAUCACGCAGCAUAUUCUCCCACAUGCUGUGUUGCACAAUCUUAUCUCAGGUACAGAUCAGCAGAGGGAGGAGCUGAGAGCAGAAUUUGUAGCAGUGCUGCUUGACCAAGUCGAUCCUACCAUGGGCUUUUCGCCUGAUCGACGAUUGCUGUGUGCACAAACAGUCUUCGGCCUCAUGGACCAUAUGAGUGCCUGGCUCAGAUUGAAGAGGAUGGAGCGGUCCAGACAGCCCCGCCAGCGUCGAGAUCCGAUAGGUAUGGCCGGUGGAGAGGACUCGCUCACGAACAUCGAGUCUGUCAUCGCAAGUAUCUCUCAAGAGCUCAUGGCGCGGGCUGCACUUUAUUGUCGAGCAUACGCACGAUCUUUGCUCAACUUUGAGCAGCGACUAAGAACGUUUCGCUCGAGUGGCAAGCCAGAUGGUGAAUUGCAGACAUACUAUGAGAAUCUUCAUACGAUCUAUGCCAGUCUGGACGAGCCGGAUGGUAUGGAAGGGAUCUCGACUUGCAUCAUCUCUCCUUCGCUAGAGCACCAGAUCCGGGAGCACGAAAGCACAGGUAGAUGGACUUCCGCGCAGAGUUGUUGGGAGGUCGAGAUCCAGUCGAAGCCAGAUGACGCUUCCAACCACGUUGGUCUGUUGAGAUGUCUCCGCAAUCUGGGACAUUAUGAUACCAUGAGGACCCACGUUCGAGGUGCCCUGAGCGUUCACCCGCAAUGGGAGGAGAUUUUGGCUCCCUUUGCCAUCGAAGGCGCCUGCAUUCUGGGCGACUGGGAUGAAGCAGAGCAGAUCUUGAGCCGGCCCGGAGAGCAACAGUCUCCAGAACAUGCAAUGGCUCGUGUCUUGCUUGCAAUGGCUGGAAGAGGCAACGAAGCCAUUUCGGACGUCCUCCAGACUGCUCGUCGGCAGCUUGGCAAACCCAUUUUGGCUGCCGGACGCGGCUCUUAUCCUCAAAUCUACGACUCGGUGCUGCAGCUUCACGUCCUUCAUGAGGCAUCUCUCAUCGAGGAGCUAGCGCAAACGACUGAUCGAGGUGGCAAGAAGCUCGAUGGACUCCUACGCAGUCUACAAGCCCGGCUAGAUGCAACACUACCAUCCUUCCGCAUCCGAGAGCCCCUUCUCAGCCUUCGGAGAUCGGCCUUUAGCACCUAUGUGGAGCCAGGAAGCACUGAACCAGCUUACAAGGAGCAGAUUGCAGCGGCUUGGGUAUCGACGUGCAAAAUUGCGCGCAAAGCAGGUCACACGCAAACAGCGUAUAGUGCAGUCUUGCAAGCAAUGGUGAACCAAGCGCCCUUUGCCUUCGUGCAGCGAGCCAAGCUGUUGGCCGAUGCAGAGCAGCCGCAUGCUGCCAUGCAAGAGCUUACGAACGCGUUACAGACCAUGACUGCUUCGAUGAGAGCUGCGACGGCUGGGUCUGCAAUCGACUCGGGCGUCAUUGACCUCACCGGUGCUUCCCAUCCCAGCGAGGUCGACCAAGCCAUGUACGGAAAAGCAGUCUUGCUCAAAGCUCGCUUGUUUGAAGCUACUGGACGCUUCAUGCCAAACGAUGUCAUCGAGCAGUACAAGGAGAGUGCAAAGAUCUGCAAGAGCCUCGAGAAGGCGUGGUACUGUCUUGGUCGAUACUAUGAUACGUUGGGAGGUGCGACCGUGGCCAACAUGAUGACACAGCACUACAGUGUGUGCCGGUACUUCUGCAAGUCCGCAUCGCUUGGUACAAAGUUCUUCUACCGUACUCUGCCAAGACUUCUGACAAUCUGGCUCGAUGCCGGGGAAGAGCAGCUGAUUCUUGACCAUCAGAAUGGAAGGUACAAGGCAAGUUCGGACAAGAACAAGAAUGCCGAUGCAAGUGAUCGCAUCGAGACAUUCAGCAAGAUCAACGACAUGAUCAACCGUAGUGUGCUCAAGUUGCAACCGUACCAAUGGCUGGCAGUCUUCCCACAGCUCGUUUCGCGUAUCGUGCACAAGAAUGAGGCCGUCUGGGCCAUCUUGCAGACAAUCAUUGCCGUCGUCAUUGAGAAGUACCCACACCAGGCCAUGUGGGGAAUGGUCGCAGGCUUUAAUUCUACUGACAGUCAUCGUAAGCGUCGAGCGAACGCCAUCGUCGACAUGAUGAAGAGCUCACGACAGGGCUCCAAGGAGGCCGUCAAGAUCAUACAGAUGUCCCAGAAACUCGCUCAUGAGCUGCUGGUCCUGUGUGACUAUCCUGUGCAAAAGAGCGAGACCACGCUCAAAAUGGAGACUGCUUUCCCUGCCCUUGCCUCCCUGGCCGGCUGUGGACUGAUUCUGCCUCUGCAGUCGUCGGUCACCGUCAGUCUCCCGGCCAACAACGAAGUCAAGGCAGACCACUAUCCCUUCCCACCGAAUCUGCCCUUGAUUCAGGGUUUCGAGUCAACAAUCGAGAUCAUGAACUCCCUUCAAAAGCCUCGCAAGAUUGUCAUCAUCGGUAGCGACGGCAAACACUACCCUUUCCUCUGCAAGCCCAAAGACGAUUUGCGCAAAGAUGCACGGCUGAUGGAAUUCGACUCGAUGAUCAACAAGCUCCUCCAAAGCAAUUCAGAAUCUCGUAAAAGGCAUCUACUGAUCAGGACGUAUGCCGUGGUGACGCUCAAUGAAGAAUGUGGUCUCAUUGAAUGGGUUCCCAACACGGUCGGUCUGAGACAUAUUCUGCACAAGCUGUACUCCUCGAAAGGGAUUCACCUCUAUUCCAACGAUAUCAGAGUGGUCAUGGACGAAUGCAGGAAGGACCCGCGCAGAGCUGGUGAGCUCUUUGAAAAGAAGGUCCUAGUCAACUACCCUCCUGUCUUCCACGAGUGGUUCCUCAACACCUUUCCCGAACCGGCAGCGUGGCUCAAGGCACGGUUGAGCUAUGCUCGAACAUGCGCCGUCAUGUCCAUGGUAGGCUUCGUCCUUGGACUCGGAGAUCGCCACGGCGAGAACAUUCUCUUCGACUCGGUGUCUGGAGACACGGUCCACGUCGAUCUAAAUUGUCUCUUCGAGAAGGGAUACACAUUUGAGAUUCCAGAGCAGGUGCCCUUCAGGCUCACGAGGAACAUGAUCGAUGCAAUGGGCGUCACAGGCUAUGAAGGAGUGUUCAGGAGAGCGGCAGAAUUGACCAUGGGUAUUCUGAGGAGCAACAAGGACUCGUUGAUGUCAGUGCUGGAGGCAAUGGUUCACGAUCCCUUAGUAGAGUGGGCGGUGGCGGACACGGGAGGCGGAGGUGGGCGCUCCAAGGCUGCCAGAGAAGCUGCAAAUGGGGCGCCCAAGCAGGAUCCGAGACUCAUAGAGGCAAGGAAGAGUCUGGAUCCGAUUGCUAGAAAAUUAGACGGGACCAUGAGAAAGGGGGAUAUCAGGGUGGACCAGUGGACAGCCCCUCUGGGCAACAACAAUCUCGUGGAUACAUUGACGAGAGAAGCGGCGAGCAACUAUAAUCUGUCGAGGAUGUAUGUUGGUUGGUCCUCUUGGCUGUAGUCUCUCUAGCUGUAAUGUAAUUGUAUACCUCAUCGAUCAUCUGUACCCUCGAGGGCGGGGUCGUAC